GAAAGAUGGAAGGAAGAAGGUGAUGCCCGGGGGUCGUGUGUAGAUGUGAGGGGAUUCCUGGGGCUCUAGGGAAAGGAGGGAUGGCCGGCUGACUGAGCUGUGGAUUUACUUCUUGGCUUUGGCUAAUUUGCCCAUUUGUCUGGAGACAUCUGUGACCUGGAGGAUGGAUUUAUCCUCAUGAUCUCAAGAGAAUAUGAAAAGGAGAGUAUGUAUAGAAAUGAAGGACGCAGUCACCUUCACAAUCCAUCGACCCAGCGGUCACUUCACCCAUUGAAGCAGGACGGGCUCCCUCUGAUCACCUGACUAGUGAUGUACUGUAUCGGCCCACACUGCAACCUGGGAAAGCCUCAGAGGACACUUGUUUUGUAUGCUGUUAAAAACAAACAUUGGAGCAAAAAUCACAGAAGAAUUGCGAGACCACCACGAAACACAGUGCUUAACAGACAACAAGACAAUGAUCAGCAGGUGACCCGCUUUACAAGCCUCCCCAAAAAAAAAAAAAAAAGAAAAUUCUCAUCUGUCGCUUCUCGCUUCACCAAGACGCAAUCUUCUAGAUGUUCCAAUGGCUGACCAAAGAAUGGAUAUCACUUCAACUAUUAACGACUUCAUCUCCUCCGGUCCGACCGACCUCAUAUCCAGCUCGCUCAGCUCCAGCGGAAUGGAGUGCAACCGCAAGAGGAAGAGCAGCCUGACCGAUUAUCAGCUUGACAGCUUUUCUUUUGACCAUGGAGAAGGCAUGGAUACCGACAAGGACGAUCCACAUGGGAUGUUAGAGUACGCAGAAGGUCGGAUAAAAAAUGCACGGGAGGCUCACAGUCAAAUCGAGAAGAGGCGCAGAGACAAAAUGAACAGUUUCAUCGACGAGUUGGCAUCUCUCGUGCCCACGUGUAACGCCAUGUCUCGGAAGUUGGACAAGCUAACCGUGCUAAGAAUGGCCGUACAGCAUAUGAAGACUCUGCGAGCUCCAGGACGUCCUUUCUAUGAACCGAUGCUCAAAACUGAACAGCAUAUUCCAGGUGCUGCAAAUCCUUACACAGAAGCCAACUACAAACCCUCAUUCCUGUCAGAUGAUGAGCUGAAGCACUUGAUUCUCAGGGCAGCAGACGGAUUCCUCUUUGUCGUGGGCUGCGACCGCGGGAAGAUCCUGUUUGUUUCGGAAUCUGUAUUUAAGAUCCUGAAUUAUAGUCAGAACGAUCUGAUUGGACAAAGCCUUUUCGAUUACCUCCACCCAAAGGACAUCGCCAAAGUAAAGGAGCAGUUGUCGUCCUCGGACACUGCCCCGCGGGAGAGGCUCAUCGACGCAAAAACCGGUCUCCCCGUAAAGACUGACAUCACCCCCGGUCCGUCGCGGCUGUGCUCUGGAGCCAGGCGCUCAUUCUUCUGCAGGAUGAAGUGUAACAGGCCCUCAGUGAAGGUAGAAGAUAAAGAUUUCCCAUCCAAUUGUUCGAAGAAGAAAGGAGACCGGAAAAGUUUUUGCACUAUUCAUAGCACUGGAUAUUUAAAGAGCUGGCCCCCCACAAAAAUGGGCCUGGACGAGGACAACGAACCAGACAGCGAGGGCUGUAAUCUUAGCUGCCUUGUCGCCAUCGGGCGCUUACACCCGCACAUAGUACCGCAGCCCGCAAACGGCGAGAUCCGAGUCAAGUCCACGGAGUACGUCUCGCGGCACGCCAUCGACGGCAAAUUCGUGUUUGUAGAUCAGAGGGCGACCGCCAUUUUAGGGUACUUACCGCAAGAACUUUUAGGAACGUCGUGUUACGAGUAUUUCCAUCAAGACGACAUCGGGAAUCUAGCAGAGUGCCAUAGACAAGUGUUACAGACCAGAGACAAAAUCACCACAAAUUGCUACAAAUUUAAAAUCAAAGAUGGCUCCUUCAUCACCCUGAAGAGUCGCUGGUUCAGUUUCAUGAACCCUUGGACCAAAGAAGUGGAAUACAUCGUCUCCACCAACACCGUCGUAUCAACAAACAUUCUAGAGAGCGGAGAUUCAGCCUUUUCACAUAUGUCAGCCUCCCCGCCCAGUAUGGACAGCGUCCUGCAGUCUGGAGAGGGUGGCACAAAGAGAACCCAUCCGACAGUGCCUGGCAUUCCUGGAGGAACCAGAGCUGGAGCCGGCAAGAUUGGUAGAAUGAUCGCGGAGGAGAUAAUGGAAAUUCACAGGAUAAGAGGGUCUUCACCAUCAAGCUGUGGGUCCAGUCCACUCAACAUCACCAGCACCCCCCCUCCGGACGCCUCAUCCCCUGGGGGUAAAAAGAUAAUGAAUGGCGGCACCAUGGAUCUCCCGAUCUCUGGAAUGGGUACAGGACAGCUGCAGGAUAACUCCGGUUUCCCAUACUCGGACAGCUCCUCCAUGCUCGGUGAAAAUUCCCAAAUGGGGAUGGACAUGAUUGAAACGGACCACGGGUCGAGCAGUCCCUCCAAUGACGAAGCGGCGAUGGCGGUCAUCAUGAGCCUCCUGGAGGCCGACGCAGGACUCGGGGGUCCCGUAGAUUUCAGUGACUUGCCAUGGCCGUUGUGAAAAGGACUAGAUAGUUUAUUUUAUUACCCUCCCCCUCCAUCCGCAGCAUCAAAGUGCAUUAUGGAAGCUCCAACUACUUCAAUGCCACAUUGGCCUGCAGAGCAUCUCAGACCGUAAGAGGUACCGGACCCAAGAUCACUCGUACGUCAUGAAGCCAUAUCAGAGCCCCCCACCACUUACUUUCUGCUGUGUUAGAGGACCCUCCCCUCCCCCCCGCUCCAGUGAUCCACCUCGUGCUGUAUAGCUUUUUGCAUUAAUUGUAUAUUUUGAGAUCUGACGCUUUUUAUUUUUCAAUCCUUGUACAAAAUGGGCGAUCGGUGUCAGCGAAUUUAUUGUCAUAUAUUUUAUUUUUUUUGUUUUUUUUCUCAAGACGUCUGGUGAACACUGCAGAGCUCCCUCCAUGGAUAUUUCUUUAUAUUUUACUUGUAUAAAAAAAAGAUGUUUUAUUGUAAGAAUCCUUUAUUGCUAUACAUGGUACAGUGUAAUAGUUUAAUUAUUUUUUAAAAUCGUUUUAAUUGUUCUAUAGCGGAUUGUCUUGUCUGAAUUUUUUGUAGCAAUGAAAACU